GUUCAAUUUUUUCUUUCAUUUCCCCGAUCGGCGACGAGUGGAGGCGUUCGUUCGAUCGCUUAGUUCCGUCACGUCAUCUUUUUAUCCUCAAAUGUCUGAUUUUUGUAUCCCACAUGCUUAGGGUUAACCGAAUAAAGAAAAAAUCCAAGAAUCCCCGCACCAGAAGAAAAGUACGAGUAACGAAAGACGUAAAUGUAAACUAGAAAGUGAGUGAACGAAGUCGCGAGGUGUCUCGUCCGUCCGGUUCGAUCUGGAUUAAAGCAGUUUUAACCGCGAGUUGAAGUCCCUUUCCCUCGAAUUCCCUUAUUAUUAAAGUUUAGUGGUGUGUUUUACAGACUUUUACGUUUAUUUAUCCGUUAUUCGGAGUGUUUUAGUGGUGUAUUAGUUUAUUUAACCCGAUCCAAAAUGUCCGAAGAAUCGUCAGCGGAUCGCAAUGUCGAAAUCUGGAAGAUUAAGAAACUUAUCAAGAGUUUGGAGAUGGCGAGAGGUAAUGGUACAUCAAUGAUAUCCCUGAUCAUACCGCCCAAGGAUCAAAUCUCACGUGUAUCGAAGAUGUUGGCUGAUGAAUUUGGUACAGCAUCUAACAUCAAGUCCCGAGUGAACAGAUUAUCUGUCCUGGGAGCUAUUACAUCUGUACAACAUAGACUCAAAUUAUAUACGAAAGUACCGCCAAAUGGAUUAGUUAUCUACUGUGGUACCAUUGUCACUGAGGAGGGCAAAGAAAAGAAGGUUAACAUUGAUUUUGAACCUUUCAAGCCUAUUAAUACAUCUCUCUAUUUAUGUGAUAAUAAGUUCCAUACAGAAGCUCUCACUGCAUUACUGGCUGAUGAUAAUAAAUUUGGUUUCAUCGUUAUGGAUGGUAAUGGUGCCCUGUUUGGUACACUGCAAGGAAAUACUAGAGAGGUACUCCACAAGUUCACUGUAGAUUUACCCAAGAAGCACGGUCGUGGUGGUCAAUCUGCGUUGCGUUUCGCACGUCUACGUAUGGAAAAGCGACAUAAUUAUGUCCGUAAGGUGGCUGAAGUUGCAACACAGUUGUUCAUAAGUGCGGAUAGACCGAAUGUAGCUGGUUUGAUUCUAGCUGGUUCCGCUGACUUCAAAACUGAGUUGUCCCAGUCUGAUAUGUUUGAUCCGCGUCUCCAAUCUAAAAUCAUCAAGUUGGUGGAUGUAUCUUAUGGUGGUGAGAAUGGAUUCAAUCAAGCUAUCGAGUUGGCCGCUGAGUCUCUACAGAAUGUCAAGUUUAUACAAGAGAAGAAACUCAUCGGAAGAUACUUUGAUGAGAUCUCACAGGACACCGGUAAAUACUGCUUUGGUGUGGAUGACACUCUGCGGGCUUUGGAACUUGGUGCCGUGGAAACACUCAUCUGCUGGGAGAAUCUUGAUAUACAAAGAUACGUGCUAAAAUCUCAUGCCACCAACCAGGAGACCAUUCUGCACCUCACGCCUGAACAAGAGAAAGACAAGUCGCAUUUCACUGACAAAGAGAGCGGAGUUGAAUUGGAGCUGGUGGAGUGCCAGCCGUUGUUGGAGUGGCUCGCUAAUAACUAUAAGUCGUUUGGUGCCACACUUGAAAUCAUCACCGACAAGAGUCAGGAGGGAAGUCAGUUUGUGCGCGGCUUUGGUGGCAUUGGCGGUCUCCUUCGUUACAAAGUGGACUUCCAAUCGAUGCAGCUUGAUGAUGAAGAAAUCGACAACCUUUAUGACGUCGACGACUAUUAAACAAGCGAACAAACAUGUAUGUGCCUUUACGUAACAGCGACUUGAUUUGUGUGAAUUGCAAUUUAUAAUACUGAGUGACAAAUUGCAAUUUGUAAUACUUAAAUCACAAAUUGCAAUUUGCAAUACUUAAAUUACAAUUUGUGAUACUCUUUAAAUACUUUAUAUUUGUGGUUUAAUCAUAAAUUGAUAAUAAAUUAUAGUAUUGGUAAAAUCGAUUUUGAUACUUUGAUAUUGUAUAAUUCGAUUAAUAAAUCUUGGUACUUGUUAACUGUGAAAUUUCGCUAAUUUUUUUUCCAAAGUAUUGGAGAUUUUAAAAUGUAUUUAUACAAGUUAUUCGAGAAAAAGCCAUAGUUUUUUUUUUAAUUUUUUAAUGUAUUUCCUGAGAUAUGAGUAAUUUAUGGCUCAAAUAAAAAAAAUAUCUCAGUCGCUGUUACAUUGUUGAUCGGGAGCUAUGUCAUAUGUCGUGUUUUUGGAUUAAAUUAGAUAAUUUUGUAACAACAUACAAUAAAAAAAAACAAAUUUAUGAGCACAAAAGUAUCAAGAAUUUUUUGUUGUCAACACUAAAAAUGUCUAGCAUAAAAAUUAUAUUUGAUUGUAAAAUUUUAUUUAAUAUUAAAAAAAAAUGUCAGAAAGAGAACUUAUGUUUUGUAGGUCAAUGUAAGGGGGCGUCCGUGAAUUACGUGAGGUGUUUUUAUUUAAUUUUCUGCCCCUCACUCCCCCCUGGUGAGAUGUCGUGAGAUUUUAUUCAACCCCCUCCCUCAUCCACCAAUGUCAUGUGAGAUUUUUCAAAAUGUGAGUUACGUAAACGCGUUGGAUCGUUAUUGUGAAAA